CUUACGCCGUUCAUCUGCUCUCUCUCAAUCGUCUCUCUCUCUCCUAUCCGCUCCCUCCUCCCUCACUAACCCACUCAUGCUCGCCGACAUCUGGGCCGUCCUCAAGGCCUACGGCGACCUCGGCUUCACCUCGUUUGGCGGGCCGGGCGUCCAUGUCGUGCUCCUUCGCAAGCGCUUCGUCGAGAAGAUCAAGUGGGUCGACGAAAUAACGUUCCUCGAUCUUUUCGCUCUUGGAAACGCCCUCCCCGGACCAGGGAGCACGCAGCUGGCCUUUUCCAUCGCCGUGGUCGCCCACGGCGUCCUACCGGGUCUCAUCGCCUUCCUCUGCUGGUCCCUCCCUGGCGCGUUGGGCAUGCUGGGCCUUGGCCUCGGCAUCGCCCAUAUCCCCGAUACGCUGCCCGCCAUCGUGCUUGCCCUGCUUACUGGUCUGAACGCCGCCGCAGUAGGCCUGAUUGCGCUCGCGGCCGAGCAACUUGGGCGCGCAGCUGCCACGGACCGCGUCACGCUGCUCCUCGUGUGGCUCUCCGCAUCAUUCGGGAUAUGCUAUCAUGCGCCGUGGAUGUAUCCCGUGCUCAUCGUCUUCGGCGGCGUAUCCACCCUGCUUUGGGAUUUCAGGCGACAGCUUUUCAUCGCGCCGGCGCGUCGCGCUACCCGCAGGGUGCGGCACGAGCCGCCUGACGAGGGCAUCGAAAUACCGUCUAUGCCUGAUACGCCCGACGCGCGCUCAACCCGGCUAUCUACUGAAGAUGUCACCGGCCGCGCCUCUCGCGCUUCCCGAGCCUCCCGCGCGUCCACUUGCGAAGCUGAGGUGCGGGUCGAGCGCCGCGCUUCUACUGAAACACCCUCGGAUCGCGCGGUGGAAGAAGCUGCGUCCGUCAACCGUCUCCGCGUCGUCUCAACGCGUGUUGCCAUCGCCCUUCUCCUUGCCUUCGUCCUCUUCCUCACCACGCCACUAGCCACGCGCGCUGGCCUGCAGAACGCGGGCCGCGCAGUCCCGCGCGCCCUCGACUUCUUCAGCAACAUGGUUGUGGCCGGGACAAUCAUCUUCGGUGGCGGCCCCGUCGUCAUCCCUCUCCUGCGCGACUACGUCGUUGUCGAGGGAUGGGUGUCAGACCGCGAUUUCCUGCUCAUCUUUGCAAUCUUGCAGGCCUUCCCUGGCCCAAACUUCAACUUUGCCGUCGCGCUUGGCGCCCUCGCCAUCGGGCAUAACCGCGGACUGGGUGCAUUUCUCGGCUACGUGGGCAUUUUUGGCCCUGGCAUCCUCCUCAAGCUCGCCCUGCUCCCGCUGUACGCCAACUGGCGCGACAAGGCGGUUGCGCGGUCCAUCAUCCGUGGGCUCAAUGCGACGGCGAGCGGGCUCGUCUUCACCGCCGUAUGGCAGCUCUUCCUGGUCGGCUAUGUGUACGUCGCGGCCGACGGCGAGAGCAGGCAGGCGGUCAGCGGCCCCCUCACGGCCGACCCGUUCUGGGCCGUGGUGGCCAGCGGGAGUUUCCUUGCGUGCAGGAACUACAAGGCGCCGCCAUGGUUGGGCGUCGGCGGUGGCGCUGUUGCCGGCCUGUGUUGGUACGGCGUACAUCUGAAAAACCAGGCGUAGGUGCUGGCAUUGGCGAGUAGACACAUAUGCGACGAUCUUGAGUCUGGCGCAGGCGU